AUGUCCUCUUCAUACGGCAAAGUCGACGAGCGUGAACACGUAAUGCUCGAAGCUCGUCGUAAGUCGAGAAAGAGAAUCGCAAUCAUCGCCGUUUCUCUAGUCGUUCUCGCCGGAAUCGUGAUCGGAGCCGUGUUCGGAACCAUGGCUCACAAGAAGUCAACGAAGGUGGAAACUAACGUUAACGGAGACUCAAUCUCUGUUUCCGUUAAAGCCGUUUGCGACGUUACAUUACACAAAGACAAAUGUUUCGAAACGGUCGGAUCAGCACCAAACGCAAGCAGUCUCAAUCCAGAGCAGCUUUUCAGAUACGCAGUCAAAAUCACAAUCGCCGAGGUCACAAAAGCUCUAAACGCAUUCUCUUCCUCCUCCCGCAGGGACAACACAACGACCAUGAACGCUUGCGUCGAGCUUCUUGACCUAACGAUAGAUAGCCUCAACGACACGUUAACGUCGUCGUCAAACGGUGACGUCACGAUGCCAGAGCUAAUCGAUGACCUCCGUACAUGGCUGAGCUCAGCGGAGACGUACCAAGAGACUUGCGUGGAGACGUUGGGUGAAACUAACGAUCCAGAACUGAAGACGUUCGGGGAAAGUCAGCUCAAGAACGCAACGGAGAUGACUAGCAACGCCUUAGCGAUCAUCACGUGGCUCGGCAAGAUCGCUGACUCUUUCAAACUGCGGAGGCGUCUGCUUAGUGCUGACGUGGCGGUGGACUUCCACGUGGGAAGGAGAUUGUUGCAGAGUACGGAUUUGAGGAAAGUGGCGGAUAUCGUGGUGGCCAAGGAUGGUUCGGGGAAGUAUAGAACGAUAAGUAGGGCUUUAGAGGAUGUGCCCGAGAAGAGUGAGAAGAGGACGAUUAUAUAUGUGAAAAAAGGAGUUUACUUUGAGAAUGUGAAGGUGGAGAAGAAAAUGUGGAAUGUUGUUGUCGUUGGAGAUGGAGGGAGCAAGAGUAUUGUCUCUGGUAGGCUUAAUAAUGUCGAUGGAACUCCCACUUUCCAGAGCGCCACAUUCGCUGUGUUCGGGAAAGGGUUUAUGGCAAGAGACAUGGGGUUCAUCAACACAGCCGGACCAUCCAAACACCAAGCCGUAGCUCUAAUGGCAAGCGCUGAUCUGGUCGCCUUUUACCGAUGCACAAUGAACGCAUACCAAGACACGCUUUACGUGCACGCGCAGCGCCAAUUUUACCGUGAGUGCACCAUAAUCGGAACAGUCGAUUUCAUCUUCGGUAACUCGGCUUCAGUUCUCCAAAACUGCAAGAUUCUCCCUCGCCGACCAAUGAAGGGACAGAAGAACACAAUCACCGCUCAGGGACGGACCGAUCCGAACCAGAACACAGGAAUCUCUAUCCACCGUUGCAACAUCUCUCCGCUCGGUGACCUAACCGAUGUUCAGACGUUUCUAGGUCGUCCGUGGAAGAAUUUUUCCACGACGGUGAUAAUGGAAACGUUUUUGCACGGGUUUGUUGACCGGAAAGGUUGGUUGCCGUGGACCGGAGAUUCUGCGCCUGAGACGAUAUUUUACGGUGAGUAUAAGAAUACCGGUGCUGGUGCUUCGACGAGGAAUAGGGUUAAGUGGAAGGGAUUGAGGUUUCUAAGUACGAAGGAAGCGAAUAGGUUUACGGUUAAACCGUUCAUCGACGGAGAAAGGUGGCUUCCGGCGAGGAACAUGCCGUUCAGGUCCGGUCUCUGA